GUUGAUUUUAAAGUGAAGAAAAUGGUGGUAGACGGCCGUGCAGUACAGCUUGCAAUAUGGGACACAGCAGGACAGGAGCGCUUUAGAACACUGACUCCCAGUUAUUACCGAGGAGCUCAAGGGGUUGUUUUAGUGUAUGAUGUUACAAGAAAAGACACUUUCGCAGGACUAGAGAGCUGGCUGAAUGAACUGGAAAUAUAUACCACCAAAAGCAACACUGUGAAGAUGUUAGUUGGCAAUAAAACUGAUAAGCCUGAUCGUGAAGUAGAGAGAAGAGAAGGGCUCCAGUUUGCUAGGAAACGCUCACUGCUUUUUAUAGAGACCAGUGCCAAGACCCAGGAUGGAGUGCAAUGUGCCUUUGAAGAACUAGUCAUAAAGAUCCUGCAGACACCAGGUCUUUGGAAUAAAAGCACAGAGAAGCACGGAGUCCAGCUAAACGAAUCUUCACAGCAGGAUAAAAGCUUAUGUGGUGCAUACUGUCCACUUUCUUAA